CGUGCGUGCGUGCGGCGUCGGAGUGCGUGGAGUGCGUGGAGUGCGCGGACAUCAGGAUGGCUCGAACCAUGGAACCGCUGGCAAGGAAGAUCUUUAAAGGAGUUUUAGUCGCUGAACUUCUGGGUGUUUUUGGAGCUUAUUUUUUGUUUCAAAAGAUGAACUCCAGCCAAGAUUUCAGGCAAACAAUGAGCAAGACAUUUCCCUUCAUUUUGGAAGUUUAUUACAAAUCCACUGAAAAGUCUGGAAUGUAUGGAAUUAGAGAGAAAGAUCAAGAAAAAUGGUUGGAUAGCAAAAAUUAAGGAUUUGGUUGCUGUUCAGAAUUUAUCCUCACAAGAAACCAACAGUAUCCCCCAGGAUCAAAUUUCCACAGCUGACAUGGAUGGAGUUUGUAAUACGUGAAGCAAAAUAUAAAUUAUAAUUCAAGUUUUAUUCUUUGAGCUUGAAAAAGCUGACUGAAGUAUGUUUAUUGUGUUAUCAAUAAACUUUUGUUUAUGCUACUGUAAAAGUU